GUUUCCACGGUACUUCAAGUCCGCGGACCUACAAAGAUGCACAAGGCAACCUCCACGCCUACGACGAAUGUGUACGUCUUGACCUGUUGCGCAUGCAUUGGCGGGUUCCUCUUUGGCUACGACACAGGAGUCAUUUCUGGGGCGUUGGUGUCGAUGCAAGCCUCGGGGAACCAGUUUCUCUUGACUCCGUGGCAGUCUGAAACAGUCGUGUCUGCGGCCAUCCUUGGCGCGAUCGUUGGAGCUGCUGCGGGAGGCUUUGGCAACGAUCCCGUGGGACGUAAACCCAUGAUCUUGCUCUCGUCUGCUCUCUUUACAAUUGGCGCCAUCGCAAUGGGACUCGCCAGCACGGUCACGGCACUCGUCGGCGGUCGUUUCGUCGUUGGCAUCGCCAUUGGAAUCUCCUCCAUGACCAUUCCAGUGUACAUUGCAGAAACUUCCCUGCCAGAGUUCCGAGGCACGCUUGUGUCACUGAACACACUGAUGGUCACAUUUGGUCAAUUCUUCGCCACUGUGUUUGAUGGAGUGCUCAGUUCGACACCCGAUGGAUGGCGGUACAUGUUGGGCGCGGUGGCGUUGCCAUCCUCGAUCCAAUUCGUUGCGUUUCUCGUGUUGCCAGAAAGCCCAAGAUGGCUCUAUGACAAAGGACUCGUCACUCAAGCACACGAUGUUCUGGCACACCUCCGUGGUCAAAAGUCCGACUCGUUUGAAUUGGAAUGGGCGACAAUGCUGCAAAUCAAGUCCCACCAAUCACAAUCGUCCUCGUGGCAGGACCUGCGCCAUCCUGCUGUCACCCGUGCCCUCGUCUUGGGCUGUGGACUUCAAGUCCUGCAACAACUCUGUGGCAUCAACACGGUAAUGUAUUACGGCGCCACAAUCAUGCAAAUGGCAGGUUUCUCUGACCCGUCCACGGCCAUUUGGCUCGCCGCGGUCGUUGCACUUAGCGACUUUGCAUUUACAUUUGUUGGCAUCUACCUUGUAGACAGACUUGGACGCCGUCCGCUGACUCUAGGCAGCUUGCUGGGCGUCACUGUAUCGCUGUUGGCCCUGGGAGGAGCAUUUUAUAUGGCGAGACUCACGUCGAUGCAAUUACGUGGUGGCGACUCAAACGACGGUUGUGGUCGUCUCACCGCUUGCUUUGACUGCGCGGCGAGCGCAGCAUGCGGCAUCUGCGACGCUGUGUGUGUGCCUGGCACCGCCACAGGACCUCAAGGCUACUAUUCGUGUUUGUCGUAUACGUACCAAACGUGUCCAAGCCAGUCGACUGCGGUUGCAUCGUCAAUGUGGCACGUCGUGAUUGUGGUCGCGCUGUUUGUGUAUUUGGCCUGCUUUGCCAGUGGCAUGGGUACACGACGAACCACAUUAAGACGACAGAAGGCCAACUGUUAUGUCCUUAGGAUGCAUGCCGUGGACAAUCAACGCCGAAAUCUACCCCCUGCAUGUCCGCAGCGUGGCCAUUGGCGCCGCCACGACCGCCAACUGGGUCUCCAACCUGCUUGUGUCGUAUACGUUCCUUACGAUUGUGGCCGUGUUGGGUCCACAUGGCGCGUUCUGGCUUUACGCGGCGAUUGCGGCGAUGGGUGGAAUGCUUGUGUUUGCGCAUUUGCCAGAAACGAAAGGCGUGCUUCUCGAAGACAUCCCGAGGCUAUUCCUCCCGCCAGACCACGCCAACUACGAGCCUCUGCCGUAGUAGGCACGACGCGGAACUCGCUCAAUGCUGGUGACGCCGCUCACAUUGGAUGCAUGCCUUCGUUGUUCAACAACCAGAAGAUCUUUCGCCAUCAAUCAAUAAUCUGACCAAGCAUUUAGAAACUAAGAACACUCGAUAUAGUGUGAGGAUAUCG